UGACCAAAUUCACUCAGCUGGAUAUUGAUAACCAGAAGAUUGUCUACAUCCCGCCACAGACAGACAUUGGCCCGGAGUCCCGUCUUGUCAGACUUGCCUACACAGUGGAAGAUAGUAGUGGUAACAAGCUCCAUGGACAGACAUUUGAUAUAGAGGUGAAUGCUGUAAACAACCAUGUCCCGGAAUUCGUUACGAACAAACUGCUGGUUGAAGAAGUGGAUAUAGACACACCCAUCAAUAUGCUGAAAUUUAUCCUUGAUGCUCCACCUAUGUAUGGGACCUUGCAGAAUGAUGGCCACACACUCAAGAAGGGAUCAACAUUUAUGAUAGAGGAUAUAGAAAAGAAGCAUAUACGAUAUCUUAAUGAUGGAUCUGAUUACACCCUUGACACGUUUACACUGGCACUGACGGAUGGCAUGAACCAGGCAACAAAAGUUAUUUCUAUUCAGAUCUUACCAAUAGAUGACCAAACGCCAACAUUGUCCAAGAACCUACGACCACAGCUGAUAGUGUCUGAAGGUGAAGAAGUCACAAUUACCUCCAGAUCUGUAGCCGCUACUGAAGACGGAACCAGUGAUGACAGACUGGUCUUUCUCAUAGUCAGGCAGCCUAGAUAUGGAGUCCUGCAGUUGAAUGGGCAACCAGCAACAAAGUUUACACAGAAAGAUGUCAAAGCAGGCCAUGUCAGCUUCCUUCACACCAGCGGGGAGAUUGGGACCUCAACCCUGAAGGACUUUGCCACGUUUAUCAUCUCAGACAAAAACUACCUGGCCCCUGCAGACUUACCCAUGUAUGAUCUCAACAUCACAAUCACCCCGGUCAACAACCAGAAACCUGUGAUAGUCCUGGGAAACCCUGUGUUCGUUGCUGAAGGAGAGUCUUUCAGAUUCUCAGAAAAUGUUCUUAAGGUCACAGAUUUGGACUCCAAAACCAAAGAGAUUCAAUUUAUGAUUACCAAACAGCCUCAGUGGGGUUAUAUAGAGAAUAUCAAAUCCAGUAGUGGACCAGAAAAGCAGAAUGUAGGAGUUCGGAUAAAUUCAUUUAGUUAUGGUGAUAUUCUGGACGGAUCCAUAAACUAUGUACAGGCAAACCACAAAGGAGUUGAACCGGUCAAAGAUGAAUUUGAGUUCUAUGCCACAGAUGGGAAGUUGAACUCUGAUGUGAGGACUAUGAAAAUCACUAUUGUCUCUGCAAAUGAUGAAGCCCCAGAUCUGAUGCUCAAUGAUUUCACUGUCCAAGAAGGGGGCAGUAUGGUAAUUGGGCCAUCCAUGUUGGAUGCUAUCGAUAUGGAUAUCCCUAAAGAUCAGUUAAAGAUUAUUAUUUCACAGCCCCCAGCGCACGGAAAGAUUCUCAUGCUAGUUCACACUCGUCGUGGAGUUGUGGAAUCUGAAGUUCAAACUAUCUUAGUGGAUGAGAUCCACAGGGGUAUGCAGCUCAUGUACAAACAUGAUGGUUCUGAGGUGUUCAGUGACAAAUUUGCUGUAACAGUCUCCGAUGGGAAACAUGAGAUCAAGAAAGUGUGCAACAUUUCAGUGAAACUGCAUAAUGACGAACGUCCUGAAAUCAUGAAAAACGGCGGUCUUGAACUAGACUACGGUGAUUCUGCUUUAAUUUCCAGUGCCGUGCUUCAGGCGCAGGAUGAAGAUAAUGAUGACGAUGAACUUUAUUAUGUCAUCGUGGAAAUACCAGAAAAGGGCUCUCUCCAGUUUUGUCCUGAUCCGCUAGCUCCAGCUCUGGAUAUGGAAUGUCAGGAUUUGGACUUGGGUAAAAACUUUACUCAAGCAGAUAUAGACCUGAACAAAGUUCGGUAUAUUCACACCAUGAGCAUGGGAGACACAGAAACUGACCGGUUCGUGUUUGUGCUCACUGAUGGGACUCACAAGCGCCAUGAGGAGACUUUCGAUAUUAAGAUCAAAAAUACAAAGAAGAUCAAUGUAGCUGUUCUCAAUAAAGGAAUGGUGGUCAGAGAAGGUGAGAGAGUUGCCAUCAGCACUCUCAACUUGAGUGCAUUUGAUGAGAGCACCAAAUCUGAAGAGAUUGUCUUUGCGGUGAUACGUCCUCCUAGAUUAGGUCAGAUAGAAAAUAUCAAGAAACGUUUUGUUCCAAUAAGCAGUUUUACACAAAUGGACAUUGCAUCUCAAAAAGUUGUCUAUCAUCACCUGACCAAGAAUGAUAUCACGGAGGACUCCUUCACUUUCACUGUAACCAAUGGUCUUAGUGAAGCCAGGGAUGGAGAGUUCAGGAUCAGUAUUCAGCCAAUGGACAGAGUUCUGCCAUCUUUGUUGGCAAACUCGCUGUUGGAAGUUCUACAG